GAUAUUUACAAAAUGGCCCAUCUCUGAAGUAAAACCACUUUCGUUCUAAAGCUCUAAUCCCCCAAUACUUUCUCAUCGCCCACAACUCAGCUCCUAGCGGCGUAGAGUAGCAAAGUCUCACUCUUCGUAUCUAUUGGUUUGCAUUCGAAUCCAAUCAACACAAAGACAAUUGGAGUCAAUGGCAUCAAAGUUGCGACAAUUGCAGUCUAAGGCUUGUCAAGCAUCACAGUUUGUUUCCAAACAUGGAUCUGUCUAUUACAAACAGUUGUUAGAGGAGAACAAGCAGUACAUCCAGGACCCCGCAACCGUGGAAAAGUGCAAUCUGCUUUCAAAACAAUUGUUUUACACUCGUCUUGCUAGCAUUCCCAAUCGUUGUGAGUCAUUCAAGAAGGAACUCGACUAUGUCAAGCAAAUGUGGAAGAACAGGCAGGAAUUGAAGGUUGAAGAUGCUGGUAUAGCUGCUCUGUUUGGGCUUGAGUGCUUUGCCUGGUUUUGUGCUGGCGAAAUCGUGGGAAGGGGAUUCACUUUCACCGGUUACUACGUUUGAGGAUACCCUCCUUGGAUAAAAUGUGUUUAGAGGUUGCAUGCGUAAGCCUUUAUUUUUAUUUGAUUCAUGGAAAUUAAGGGAACACUACAUGCAAGUUUUUUCUUUUUGCCUUGUUCUGCAAAAUUUUUGAAGCUGAGAAAUCGGUUGAGCUAUUAUGACAGCAUUAAUAAUCCAUGAAUUCAAAGUGACUGGAUGGAGCUUGAUGUUUUGUUAUUCUCUAUUGGGAGCUAUUGCUGCCAAAUCAUAAUUAGUGAUCACAAUGCAAGAUUUGUUGAUUUUCA